UCCCGCCCACCCCCGACAACGGAAGUCCGGUCCGCCGCGUCUCCAGGUUUCCUCGUGCGUUCCACUGCCGGCAUGGCGCACUACAACUUCAAGAAGAUUACGGUGGUGCCGUCUGCCAAGGACUUUAUUGACCUGACAUUAUCCAAGACUCAACGAAAGACUCCAACAGUUAUUCAUAAACAUUAUCAAAUUCAUCGAAUUCGACAUUUUUAUAUGAGAAAAGUCAAAUAUACUCAACAGAAUUACCAUGACAGACUGUCACAGAUUUUGACAGAUUUCCCCAAAUUGGAUGAUAUCCAUCCAUUUUAUGCUGACUUGAUGAAUAUUCUCUAUGACAAGGAUCAUUACAAGUUGGCUCUAGGUCAAAUAAAUAUUGCCAAAAAUUUGGUGGACAAUGUUGCUAAAGAUUAUGUGCGGCUUAUGAAAUAUGGUGAUUCUCUGUACCGCUGCAAGCAGCUGAAGCGUGCUGCCCUUGGGCGAAUGUGUACUAUUAUCAAGAGACAGAGGCAGAGUUUGGAGUAUUUGGAACAAGUACGUCAACAUUUAUCCCGCUUGCCAACCAUUGACCCAAAUACAAGGACUCUGCUUUUGUGUGGGUAUCCAAAUGUUGGGAAAUCCAGCUUCAUCAAUAAGGUAACAAGAGCAGACGUGGAUGUUCAGCCCUAUGCAUUUACCACCAAAUCUCUGUUUGUUGGGCACAUGGACUAUAAGUAUCUGCGCUGGCAGGUUGUAGAUACCCCAGGGAUUUUGGAUCAUCCUUUGGAGGAUCGGAACACCAUUGAAAUGCAGGCUAUCACAGCCCUGGCCCACCUUCGAGCUGCAGUUCUGUAUGUGAUGGAUUUGUCUGAGCAGUGUGGACAUGGGUUGAAGGAGCAAUUAGAACUCUUCCAGAAUAUCAGACCUCUGUUUAUCAACAAGCCUCUUAUUGUUGUAGCAAACAAAUGUGAUGUGAAGAGAAUAGCUGAGCUUUCUGAAGAAGAUCAGAAAAUAUUUAUGGACUUGCAGGCUGAAGGAUUCCCUGUCAUUGAGACCAGCACCCUGACUGAGGAAGGUGUCAUUCAGGUUAAAACAGAGGCUUGUGAUAGGCUUUUGGCUCAUCGAGUAGAAACGAAAAUGAAAGGAAAUAAAGUGAAUGAGGUUCUGAACAGAUUGCAUUUAGCUGUGCCAAACAAGAGAGAUGAUAAGGAGAGACCCCCUUUCAUCCCAGAAGGAGUGGUGGCCCGCAGGAAAAGAAUGGAGAUUGCAGAGCCCAGGAAGAAGAGGGAACGAGAUCUUGAGCUGGAAAUGGGAGAUGAUUAUAUUUUGGAUCUUCAGAAAUACUGGGACUUAAUGAAUUCAUCCGAGAAAUAUGAUAAGAUACCAGAGAUCUGGGAAGGCCAUAAUGUUGCUGAUUAUAUCGAUCCUGCUAUCAUGAAGAAAUUGGAAGAGUUAGAAAAGGAAGAAGAGCUAAGAACGGCUGCUGGGGAGUAUGACAGCGACUCUGAAAGUGAAGAUGAGGAAAUGAUGGAAAUCCGACAGCUGGCCAAACAAAUUAGAGAAAAGAAGAAGUUGAAAAUUCUACAGUCCAAGGAAAAGAACACACAGGGACCCAGGAUGCCCCGAACUGCUAAGAAGGUUCAACGGGCAGACUUGGAGAAUGAGAUGCGUAGUCUUGGCGUUGACAUGGAUGAUAAAGAUAAUGCCCACUACGCAGUCCAGGCGAGAAGAUCUCGGAGUGUCACUAGGAAAAGGAAACGAGAAGAGUCUGUUCCACCCUCUUCUAUAGCCCGGAGUCGGAGUUGCUCUCGAACUCCACGUGAUGUUUCUGGUCUUCGGGAUGUUAAGAUGGUGAAGAAAGCCAAGACUAUGAUGAAGAAAGCCCAGAAGAAGAUGAAUCGCUUGGGGAAGAAAGGGGAAGCAGAUAGGCAUGUGUUUGAUAUGAAGCCCAAGCACCUACUCUCUGGGAAGAGGAAAGCUGGCAAAAAGGACAGGAGAUAGUGUCCUCUUGAGUUGGAGUGCUUUGGCUGGACUCUUGCUGUUUAUUUCUGGGUAUAGUAUGGUGUGCUUUAUACAGUUUGGAACCACCAUCUAUUAACUGAAAAGAGAAACAGUGAAAAUGACUUAAUGAUACUUGUUGCUUUGCUGAAGACUGGUAAACCUGAUUAGGUGUGCGGUGUCCUUGUCACUGCACAAUACAAAUGUCUAAAUACAGAGCAUGCUGGUCCCCCCCCCCCCAUAGGGUUUCUCUGUAUAGCUUUGGAGUCUGUCCUGGAACUCGCUUUGUAGCCCAGGCUGGCCUCGAACUCGCAGAGAUCCACCUGCCUCUGCCUCCUGAGUGCUGGGAUUAAAGGUGUGCACCACCACUGAGAACAUUCUGUUCUUAAUGAUGUGAUUGUUUCACAUCUGCAGGACUCAAAGAUUUAUCGGUAGCCGGGUGGUGGUGGUGUGUGCCUUUAAUCCCAGCCCUUGGGAGGCAGGGGCAGGUGGAUCUAUGAGUUCGAGGACAGCCAGCUCUAAUAGAAACCUUGUCUCAAAACCACCACCACCACCCCCUCCCCCCUCCCCCAGAAAAGAAAGAAAGGUAAACAUUUAUUGGUAUAAGUAGGCUGCUUUUGGUGAAGAAAAAAAACUUUGCUUUGUCAUCCAAAGUAACUAUUUUUUGUGAAGAAAGCAUCCCCAUUGGGAUUUGUAGGCAGAAGACUACCAGCCUUUCUGAGGGCCUGACUCUCUUAUGUAUUUUCUAGACCUUCAGUACAAUGUAUCAUUGUAACUUUAACCAUUUUAUCCAAAAUAAACCUCCAGUAAAAAUGUA